AUGGUUCGUCUUUCAAUUCAACGCCCUUCUUCUCUUGAAGAUCCAACAGAUCCAUCAACUUGGUCUUCGCAUGAGUUAAAAGAGUGGUUAGCUGAAAAUCGAUUAACCUAUGAUGGAAUUCCCGAAAAGAAUGAAUUAUUGAAUCUUGUAAAAUCCAAUUGGUACGAAUUUAAAGAUCGAGCAAAAUCUUCGACUGAAGCUACAGAAUCUUUUAUUAAAAAAUAUAUUGAUAUUGUUAAAGAAUCAUCUUAUGAAACCAAAGAGCUCACCGGAGAGAAAUACAAUGCUUUUGUACAAGAAAUAGCCGAUCAAAUCGAAACCCUUCGACAAUCCACCGGUCUCACUGAAGAACAAGUUCAAUCGACAUUUAGCGGGAUUACCAAGAAUUUAAAGGGAACCAAAGAUGCUGCCAAUAAAAAUUUACAACGUGCUCUGGAUGAAGUUAAGAGAUCUUACACAAUGUCUAAGGCAAACAGGGAUGUCCUCAUCCAAGAAACCACAAAUCGAGUACAAGAUGAUCUCAUCAAAACCAAUCAAGUUUCUCAGGAUACAGUUGAUUGGUUUAAGGAUCAAGUCAGUAAAAUGAAUGAACAAGCGGCUUUUUCGAAGGCACGAACUGAAACACAAGUCUCUUUGGUUUUGCGAGGAAUUCAAGAACAACUUACUAAAAACAAAAUGGCCACUGCAGAUCAAAUUAAUUCCAUAAACGAAAAAUUGAAUAAUUCUGUUAAAUCAUAUUACCAAUCAAUCGAGAGUACAUUGGAAAGGUUGGGUCAUGAUCUUUCUAAAAAAUUUGGCGGAUCUUCAGACUACAUUGUUGAUGAAUUGCGAUCUCAAUUUUCUAGCGUUAACGAUUAUCGUUUACUCACUCAAGAAAAGAUUCAGAGUGCUGUUGACGCUAUUGGACAAAAAUUUUCAAAUGGCAAGAAUAUGACUGUUGAACAGUUUCAACAAAUUAAACAAACCAUCAAUAGAUAUUUCGGUUUUGUUAAACAAUAUUACGAUAGUGCUACCGGUCAAGCAAAACAAACUGCCUUCGAAACAAAGGAAGCUCAACAAGAACGUUUAAACCGUGUUCUUGACGCCGUUCGAUCUUAUUUUAUGGACACCAAAGACAAAAGCAGCAAACAAUUGUCCAAAAUUAUAAAAGAAGCGGGGGAAAAUAUUUCGGCUACUCAACAACUUACUGCGGAACAAUCCAAGAUCUUAUCCGAUACUAUUCAGGAACAGCUUGGAAAUGUUAAAGAUUCUCGUGACAUUACCGAGGAUAAGAUGAAUUCCUUCAUAGAAUCGUUAAGAAGUCGAUUCGCUAGUGUUCGUGAUUACGCAUCAGAUACUUAUGACUCUGCUUCAAAAAAGAUUGAAGAAGGAUACGAUGUUGCUCAAAACAAAGUUUCUACUGGUGCCGAAAAUGUUGCUGACCGUUUUGGAGAGACUUAUAAGAGCGUAAAAGAUCAAUUUGCUCCACCACAAAAAGAUGAAUUAUAA